UCCAUUCUGUGGGUCUCACAUAUUUCAUUCGGAUCAAUUGGGGUAGUUACUUAGUUGACAAAUUAACAUACAACUCAGGUUUUUGGGCACCAGUGAGAAGAUGGGGGAGCCAAUAACACCGGUUAUUUAGUUGCUUAUCUUCACAGAAGAUCCAUUCUUCAUGCUUCGUGACUUCUCUACAUGGGACCAGUUGUUCCUUUUGCUAUUGUGCUGGAGCUUUGGAGCAUGUGUAAUGGCAUGCGCCAGUUAUCUUUAAUUGUUGCCACCCCUGGAUUUCAUUAUGUGGAGAAGAGAAGAAGAGAAUGAAGGUUUGGACUCAAUAGGAAAAGAGUGCAAGAUUGUCAAGCACAUGUUUUGAUGAGAGUGAUGAAGGGGCUGAGAAACUAUGACUACCUCUUAUGUUGUCUCCUAGGCGAUGUGGAUGCGCCAUUGGAGAUGCCCUUAUGUCACCUGGCCACCUUGAAACAUUCAAGCACUCCUCAGGAAAUUCAUAAUGGGAAUCAUAGUUGAAGAAGGUAUUUGCUGCAAAGCUUUUAACCAUGAUAUCUCCAUUCUGCUGGACAGAGUGGUGUACAUACCACAAUCAGCAACAAUACUUGGCUGGGGUAGCGACGGCCAUCUCCCCAUGAUAAAACUUCUUGGGUGCCUUCUGGAGCGUUGAUCUCCGAUCCGACGGCUGCGGACGCGGGAAGUGUCCAGAGCUCCUGUGCACACCGGCUCAGCUCCGCCGCGAUGCUGCUGCUACGGACGCUGCUCCGGCGCCGGCGGCCGCCGCUGCCCGCCCCCGUCCCCGCCGCAGGAUUCUUCACCAGCUCCGGGUGCGACGCCCUCGCCCCUUCUCCUCCUCCGCCGCCGCAGCCUCCUCCUGCGGCGGAGGGGCCCCGCGAUGAGCCGGGGCAGGAGGGCUCGCUGGCGCGGCGGGUGGAGCGGGCGGCGUCGGUGUGCGCGGCCAUGCGGGGGUGGAUGGCCGACGGCCGCGCCGUGCACCGCGGACACGUCUUCCACGCCGUCAACCGCCUCCGACGCCACCGCCGACACCGCACCGCCCUCCAGGUCAUGGAAUGGAUCAUGAGAGAGAGGCCCUACAAGCUGAGUGAGCUUGAUUACUCAUAUCUCCUAGAGUUCACGGCUAAAGUCCAUGGCAUUUCUGAAGCUGAGAGCCUUUUCCUCCGCGUACCUCAGGAAUACCAGAAAGAGCUGCUCUACAACAACCUUGUCAUCGCUGCUUUGGAUCUGGGUCUGAUCAAGCAUUCCUACGCGUACAUGAGGAAAAUGAGGGAAUUGUCCCUGCCAAUUUCGCCAUAUGUUUACAACCGCUUGAUCAUCCUCCAUUCUUCACCUGGGCGCAGGAAAACUAUAUCCAAGAUCCUUUCUCAGAUGAAAGCUGAUCGGGUAACCCCUCACACAUCAACCUACAACAUCUUGUUGAAGAUACAGGCCAAUGAGCACAACAUUGAUGGAGUAGCGAGGGUGUUCAAUGAUAUGAAGAGAGCAAAGAUAGAGCCCAGUGAGAUCACUUAUGGCAUUCUAGCUAUUGCACAUGCUGUAGCAAGACUGUAUACUGUUUGCCAGACAUAUGUAGAAGCCAUUGAGAAUUCCAUGACAGGUACUAAUUGGUCUACACUGGAAAUUCUUUUAAUCUUAUAUGGAUACCUUGGGAAGGAAAAGGAGCUAAAGAGAACAUGGGAGAUCACGCAAGGUCUCCCUCAUAUUCGAUCAAAAAGCUUCAUACUAGCAAUUGAAGCAUUUGGAAAGGUUGGGUCCAUUGAACAGGCAGAAAAGAUAUGGGUCAAUAUAAAUUCAACAAAGAAGUUAAGCCUUACAGAACAAUUCAAUUCCAUUUUAUCAGUUUACUGCAGGCAUGGUAUUGUGGAUAAAGCAUCAGCUGUGUUCAAAGAAAUGAGAGCAAGCGGAUGCCAGCCAAAUGCUAUUACUUAUCGCCACUUAGCUUUAGGUUGCUUGAAAUCGGGUCUUGUUAAAGAAGCUUUAAACACAAUGGAUAUGGGGAAGAAAGAAGUUGUCACUAAGAAGGUGAGAAGUUCAACACCGUGGUUGGAGACUACCCAUAUGUUGCUUGAGAACUUUGCAGAAAUCGGUGGCUUGGAAAAUGCAAAGAGAGUGUAUGGAGAACUGAGUGAAUCCAAAUAUUGCAGGAAUUCCUUUGUGUACAACACCCUUCUUAAAGCUUAUGUGAAGGCAAAAGUUUAUGAGCCAGAUUUGUUGAGGACAAUGAUUCUGAGAGGGGCAAUGCCUGAUGCUGAGACAUAUAGCCUUCUCAGACUGAUCGAACAGUUCAAGAUAUGAAGGCAUCUGUUUGCUGUUGCUUUCAAGGAGAUCAAGGAUUAGAAGGAAAACAGGUGGUCAAUAUAGCCAUGCAACAAUCUGUAAUGAACUCGUAUAAAUUAUUUGGAGAACAUGAUGACCAAAUUGCCUUUUUGGUGGUUGAUUUAUUGCACUUUGAUCCCAACAGCUGUCUUUUGCAUCCUAAA